ACGUUGCUCAGGUUUAUCAGAACGUUUUCAACUGCUUUCGGGCAAACAACAUUUAAACGCGAUUAACCGUUAUUAAAGCACAAGUUCUUAUAAAUGCUUUAAUCUAAAUUAAACGACGCGUUCUAAGCGAAAAUUUCGACAAAAAAUAAAAAAAAAAAAAAAGUUCAGUGAAUUUUUUUUGCAUAAAAUUUUAACAACAUGUUAUAACAAUAACUGAAAUAUCAAUUCUUUUAAACCCACAUUAAACCCACAGUUAAACGUGCCGUUUUCUUUUAAGUUGCUGUUUUUUCUUCCACGCAAAAUAUUGCAAUUUUUGGCCGGAAUUAAAAUUUUGUAAUAUCUAGUUUUUUUUAUUUUGUGGCUUUUAAAUAUUUCUUACAAAAUUUUUCAACACCUCGUACCGCAAAACUACCUCGUUUAUAAAAAAAUAUCAAAAAAAUUAAAUUUUAAAAUUAAAAUAAAAAAAUAACUCAGUAUUAAUAAAAAUUUUAAAUAAAAUUGUUUAUAAAACAUCAACUAAUUAAAAUCACAAUCAACUGCAGUUAAAAUGACUUCCAAGGAACAAAUUAUGGCUAGUGAGGAGAAGGGCUAUGAGAAACCACCAGGUCUCUUUCAAACCCGCUACUUUGUCACGUUUAUGCUCUUUUUGGGCAUGGCCAAUGCCUAUGUGAUGCGUACCAAUAUGUCGGUAGCCAUUGUAGCUAUGGUCAAUCAUACCGCCAUUACAGCUGGUAAUGAUGAUGUUGUUUGGGAUGAUGAAUGUCCUGAUUCAAAUUAUUCAGAAGUGGAUCAUGGACAAGAUGGUGAAUUUGCUUGGGAUUCUGCUCUACAAGGUUAUAUUCUAUCAUCAUUCUUCUAUGGCUAUGUACUCACACAGAUUCCCUUUGGCAUGUUGGCCAAGAAAUACGGUUCCCUUAACUUUCUCGGCUGGGGUAUGUUAAUCAAUUCCGUUUUUGCUUUUCUGGUGCCCGUAGCCGCUCGCGAAGGUGGUGUCUGGGGUUUGUGUGUGGUACGUUUCAUUCAGGGUUUGGGCGAAGGACCCAUUGUGCCCUGUACGCAUGCUUUGCUGGCCAAAUGGAUACCACCCAAUGAAAGAUCACGUAUGGGUGCUGCGGUAUAUGCAGGUGCACAAUUUGGUACGAUCAUUUCUAUGCCCUUGUCGGGCUUGUUAGCUGAAUACGGUUUCGAUGGAGGCUGGCCCUCAAUUUUCUAUGUAUUUGGUGCUGUUGGUACAAUCUGGUCGGUGGCUUUCUUGAUCUGGGUCUAUGAGGAUCCCUCUUCACAUCCCAAGAUCGAUGAACGUGAAAAGAAAUAUAUCAAUCAUUCGCUGUGGGGUACCAAUGAUAUUAAGAUUCCUCCCAUCCCCUUCAAGGCUAUCUGCAAGUCUUUGCCCUUCUAUGCCAUUUUGUUUGCUCACAUGGGUCAUAAUUACGGUUAUGAAACUUUGAUGACUGAAUUGCCAACCUAUAUGAAGCAGGUGUUACGUUUCUCUUUAAAAUCGAAUGGUUUAUUGUCUUCUCUCCCCUACUUGGCUAUGUGGAUCUUCUCUAUGAGUAUUUCGGUGGUUGCCGAUUGGAUGAUCUCUUCAAAUCGCUUUAAUCAUACUUCUACUAGAAAGAUUAUGAAUUCAAUUGGUCAAUAUGGUCCCGGUAUUGCCUUAAUUGCGGCCUCUUACACCGGCUGUGAUCGUGUCUUAACUUUGGCCAUCUUAACUAUUGGUGUGGGUCUUAAUGGUGGUAUUUAUUCUGGUUUCAAAAUCAAUCAUUUAGAUUUGACACCACGUUUUGCCGGUUUCCUAAUGGCCAUCACAAAUUGUUCGGCCAAUUUGGCUGGUCUCUUGGCACCCAUUGCCGCUGGCAAUUUAAUUCAUAAUCAGCCCACAAUUGCUCAAUGGCAAAAGGUAUUCUUUAUUGCAGCUGGUAUUUAUAUUGCUGCCGGUACCUUCUAUAACUUGUUUGCAUCGGGUCAACGUCAACCUUGGGAUAAUCCUGAUAAUGAUGAAAAAGACUCAAAUACCUUGGAGUCACAACAUCAAACUAGUCCUCCCACAAUUACAGGGUUACGUCCCGCUGCCAUUACCGCCACCCAAUAGUAUAUAGAUAUAAUUUAAACUUAUUAUUAAUAUUAUUAUUAUUUAACAAAGAAAAUACAAAAAAGGCUAAGUUAGUAAUUGUUUUAGUUAAUAAGUUUAAAAACUAAUACAAAUUUAAAAAAAAACCCCGCGAAAAAGAGAAGAAACCACAAACCAAUUAAAUUAAAUUUAAAGAAAGUUAAAAAGAAGGCUAGAAAAAAGACAAAUCAGGAAUUACCAGGAACAUAAUAAAAUUAAAAAGAAAGUUUAAAACUAAUAAAAACAAAACUAUUUAAGUUAUUUAUUAAAGUUAAGUAAAAAAAUUUAAAUCAAAAAAUUUUAAAAAAUUUAAAAAAAUAUAGCACGAAAUGUCAGUAUAAUUAAAAUAUUAUAAUUAUUUUUAAUACAAAAAUAAAAACAAGAAAAUGUUACCUCAUUGUUGCAAAAGAAUAACAAAUUAUAGACAAUUUCAUUUUGUAAAUUAUUUUGUUAAACGUUUUUUGUUUAAAAGAAAAAAAAACAACUUCUUAAAUUAAAACAUUAAACAAAUUUAAUUAACUUUAUUGUCUAGCUACCAUGUAGAUUUCAUUAUUAUUAUAAAUAUAUUAAUUAUUUUGCAUAAUUUUUUUUCAUUUUCUCUAUAUGUGAUAGUUAAAUCAAAACAAGAAAAAGCUGUUAAUUUUUUUUAUUAAUAUUUUUGUUAAAUUAAUUAAAUAAUGUAAUUCAAAAAAAAAACAUUACCUAACAUAAGUAAAAUGUUUAAUUUUAUUAUUUUUUUUUUUUAAUUUGUAAAUUUUAUUUUUCUCUUCUUUUUUAAAAAAAAAUGUUAAAAUUGUAUUUGUAUACAACAAUUAUUGAUAUAUUUGCUUGAUUAAUUGAAAGAAUUAUAAGAGAAAAAAAAGAACAAGAAAAGAUUUUUUUUAUUUUUUACAAAAAACAAAAGACAAUAAUAAAUUGAUAAUUUUUUUUUUUGGAAAAAGAAAAAAUUAUUAAACAAAACCACAAACU